UCAGCCAUCGUGUUUUCAUGAUGAGAAGAGCUGAGUUUCAUGGUGAAAAGGCAACAGCAGUGAACAUGGGAAUUAUCACCAAACUAAAGACCUCAAGGAACAGGAUUCUGAGUCUACAUCUCACUUUAAUGCUUGUCAGUGUUCUUGCAGCUUCUCUGUUGGCUGAUGGCGCUAAUAUACGACUCGUGGGUGGCAGUAACUCCUGGUCUGGUAGAGUGGAAGUCUAUUAUAAUAACCAGUGGGGAACAGUGUGUGAUGAUGACUGGGACAUGAAUGAUGCACAGGUGGUGUGUAGACAGCUUGGAUGUGGUAAUGCUGUCAGCGCUCAUCAAAGUGCCGCCUUUGGUCAGGGAAGUGACCCAAUAUGGAUGGAUAAUGUUCAGUGUUCAGGAAGUGAAAGCAACAUCACACAGUGCUCUCAUAGGGGAUUUGGAAUACACGACUGUGGCCAUAAUGAAGAUGCUGGUGUUACUUGUGCAGUUCAUGAUGAGAUCAGGCUGGUGAAUGGUGCGAGUAACUGUUGUGGUCGAGUAGAGAUCCAGCACAAAGCCCAGUGGGGAACAGUGUGUGAUCAUUCCUGGGACUUAAAGGAUGCAGAGGUGGUGUGUAGACAGCGUGGAUGUGGUAAAGCAGUCAGCGCUCCUCGUAAUGCUCGCUUUGGUCAGGGAAGUGAACCAACCUGGCUGGAUGAUGUUCAGUGUACAGGAACUGAGAGCUACAUAGAUCAGUGCUCACACAGAGGAUUUGGAGUACAUAACUGUGGGCAUGGUGAAGAUGCUGGGGUGGUGUGCUCAAAUUUGCAGAGUCCCACACUGACUCGGAUCUCCCAAAACUCUGUGGUCUCACCUGGAGAAGUCCUUCAGUUCAGAUGUUCCACACCCAGCACAACAUGCAUCUCUGUAGACUUCAGUUUGUAUAAAACUGGGACAUUAAUAAAGAAGCAAACUGCAGAGACUACAACAACAUUUACUCUGACUGUAGAUGAAUCACAUCAGGGCCAGUACACCUGUGACUACACAUACAGGGAAAGUAACUCUAUAUCAUCCAGGAGCAGCUCCAUUACCAUCACUGUGGUUGACUUGCAGCAGCCCAAUAUCUCCUUCAGUGAUGCUGAUAAACCAGAAGUAACAAGAGGUUACAGCUUCUCCAUCAACUGCUUCAUGGAACCUCAGUAUCCAGGAGGUUCCUUCCACUUGGAGCUCAGUGGAUCCAACAUCACCAGGACUCAGUCAGCUGUUAACCACUCAGCUGUCUUCCUCUUUCCUGAGGCAGAUUUUGUCCAUCAGGGAAACUACAGCUGUACUUAUGAAGUUAACGUGUCAUCACGCACUUUUACCUCCACUGCUACUGAACCCCUGUUCAUCUCAGUGAAAGAUGGCGCUAACAUACGACUCGCUGGUGGCAGUAACUCCUGCUCUGGUAGAGUGGAAGUCUAUUAUAAUUACCAGUGGGGAACAGUGUGUGAUGAUGACUGGGACAUGAGUGAUGCACAGGUGGUGUGUCGACAGCUUGGAUGUGGUAAAGCAGUCAGCGCUCCUCAUAAUGCCCGCUUUGGUCAAGGAAGUAAACCAACCUGGCUGAAUGAUGUUCAGUGUACUGGAACUGAGAGCUACAUAGAUCAGUGCUCACACAGAGGAUUUGGAGUAGAGAACUGUGAACAUCAUGAAGAUGCUGGAGUCGUGUGCUCAAAUUUACAGAGUCCCACACUGACUCAGAACUUCCCAAACUCUGUGGUCUCACCUGGAGAAGUCCUUCAGUUCAGAUGUUCCACACCCAGCACAACAUGCAUCUCUGUAGACUUCAGUUUGUAUAAAACUGGGACAUUAAUAAAGAAGCAAACUGCAGAGACUACAACAACAUUUACCAGAGGUUUCUUUCACUUGGAGCUCAGUGGAGCUAAUGUUACUUGGACUCAGUCAGCUGUUAACCACUCAGCUGUCUACCUUUUUCCUGAGGCAGAUUUUGUCCAUCAGGGAAACUACAGCUGUACUUAUGAAGUCAAUGUGUCUUCUCAUGCUUUUACCUCCUCCACCACUAAACCCCUAAUCAUUAGUGUGAAAGUCCGAGAUAUUCCGCUGGUGAAUGGUGCAAGUAACUGUUGUGGUCGAGUGGAGAUCCAGCACAAUAGCCGGUGGGGAACAGUGUGUGAUGAUGACUGGGACUUAAAGGAUGCAGAGGUGGUGUGUAGACAGCGUGGAUGUGGUAAAGCAGUCAGCGCUCCUCAUAAUGCCCGCUUUGGUCAGGGAAGUGAACCAACCUGGCUGGAUGAUGUUCAGUGCACUGGAACUGAGAGCUACAUAGAUCAGUGCUCACACAGAGGAUUUGGAGUAGAGAACUGUGGACAUGGUGAGGAUGGUGGAGUCGUGUGCUCAGAUUUGCAGAGUCCCACACUGACUCGGAUCUCCCCAAACUCUGUGGUCUCACCUGGAGAAGUCCUUCAGUUCAGAUGUUCCACACCCAGCCCAACAUGCAUCCCUGUAGACUUCAGUUUGUAUAAAACUGGGACAUUAAUAAAGAAGCAAACUGCAGAGACUACAACAACAUUUACUCUGACUGUAGAUGAAUCACAUCAGGGCCAGUACACCUGUGACUACACAUACAGGGAAAGUAACUCUAUAUCAUCCAGGAGCAGCUCCAUUACCAUCACUGUGGUCAACCUGCAGCAGCCCAAUAUCUCCUUCAGUGAUGGUGAUGGACCGGAGGUGACAAGAGGUUACAGAUUCUCUAUCAUUUGCUCCACUGAACCUCAGUAUCCAGGAGGUUCCUUCCACUUGGAGCUCAGUGGAUCCAACAUCACCAGGACUCAGUCAGCUGUUAACCACUCAGCUGUCUUUCUUUUUCCUGAGGCAGAUUUUGUUCAUCAAGGAAACUACAGCUGUACUUAUGAAGUCAACGUGUCUUCACGCACCUUUACCUCCACUGCUACUGAACCCCUGUUCAUCACUGUGAAAGAUGGCGUUAACAUACGUCUUGCUGGUGGCAGUCACUCCUGCUCUGGUAGAGUGGAAGUUUAUUAUAAUAACCAGUGGGGAACAGUGUGUGAUGAUGACUGGGACAUGAAUGAUGCACAGGUGGUGUGUAGACAGCUUGGAUGUGGUAAUGCUGUCAGCGCUCAUCAAAGUGCCACUUUUGGUCAGGGAAGUGGCCCAAUAUGGAUGGAUGAUGUUUGCUGUUCUGGAAGUGAACAGAGCAUUACACAGUGCUCUCAUAGGGGAUUUGGAACACAUGACUGUGGCCAUGGUGAAGAUGCUGGUGUUACUUGCUCAGUUAGACAAAUCAGGCUGGUGAAUGGUCCGAGUAACUGUUGUGGUCGAGUGGAGAUCCAGCACAAAGCCCAGUGGGGAACAGUGUGUAAUCAUUCCUGGGACUUAAAGGAUGCAGAGGUGGUGUGUAGACAGCUUGGAUGUGGUAAAGCAGUCAGCGCUCCUCAUAAUGCCCGCUUUGGUCAGGGAAGUGAACCAACCUGGCUGGAUGAUGUUCAGUGUACUGGAACUGAGAGCUACAUAGAUCAGUGCUCACACAGAGGAUUUGGAAAUGAGAACUGUGGACAUCAUGAAGAUGCUGGAGUCGUGUGCUCAGAUUUACAGAGUCCCACACUGACUCAGAUGUCCUCAAACUCUGUGGUCUCACCUGGAGAAGUCCUUCAGUUUAGAUGUUCAACACCCAGCACAACAUGCAUCUCUGUAGACUUCAGUUUGUAUAAAACUGGGACAUUAAUAAAGAAGCAAACCGCAGAGACUACAACAACAUUUAAUCUGACUGUAGAUGAGUCACAUCAGGGCCAGUACACCUGUGACUACACAUACAGGGAAAGUAACUCUAGAUCAUCCUGGAGCAGCUCCAUUACCAUCACUGUGGGUAAGAGCAGAGAAAAACUGCUGCUGACGGAAUAUCCGAUAAAACGUCUGGUCCGCCUCAUCUACAGAGUAGAAGACGUUGAGCUGAUGAGCGUCCUUGAGCCCGAACCCUUAGAGGUGACAACAUCAGGGGAGGCGGAAGCCCCCGAGCAAACUUUGAACGGGUCUACAGCAGGAGGAGCGGAGGUCUCCGAGCAAACCUUGAACGGGGCUAAAAGCAGCUCCUUGCCGGGUGCGCUUCCUCUUCAAGCUCGAGGUGAACAAGAGGGGUUAAGCGAAAGAUCCCGACCAAGUCGUCGUCGAAGAACUUCGGCUUCGCCCUCUUCAUCCUCAUCAUCACACGGCUUCAAGUGUCAGAUUUGCGGUCAGAAAACAGAGUUUAUUUCAGAAGCAGACCAGCACCAGUGUUACAUACUCCCUACGCUCAUCGAUAUACGUUACACGAGGAAAAUCGUGUUUUACGAUUUUGAAACCUUUCCAAGCCGGGACGGCACGCACACACCUUUUUUCGUGAGCACAAAAACACUGGCGGGUAAAGAGUGGUGUGCUGACGGGGUUGACUGCGCCAAAGAAUUCGUUCUGCGCUUCAGGAGGCCCUGCUACACCCGAGCCAUCUUUAUCGCUCAUAAUUCAAAAGGAUUCGACGGGUACAUUAUAAUCAACGCAAUGAUCGACCUUGGCAUAAAACCAGAGAUCGUUAUGCAGGGGAGUAAAGUGAUUCUAUUCACAGAGCCCGAUUAUAAACAUAAAUUUAUCGACUCCGCGUCUUUUCUCCCAUUCCCUCUCUCGCAGCUUCCAAAAGCCCUGGGUUUUUCCGAAAAGGUUAAAGGCUAUUUUCCACAUCGUUUCAGCUCCGAGGGGAAUCUGACCUAUGUAGGUGCUUACCCUGGCCCCGAAUAUUACGGCGUCGAUCAGAUGACCGAGAAACACAGAAGCGAGUUUCUGACAUGGUAUAGCACCGUGUGUGAGGGGACUUUCAAUUUUAGGGAGGAAGCCAGGUAUUAUUGCAGGAACGAUACCGAAAUACUCAGGAUGGCUUGCUCAAAGUUUAGAAAAGAGUUUGUAGAAGAGGCCGGGGUCGAUCCCUUUAAGUCAGCCACCAUAGCGUCGGCCUGUAUGUCUGUUUUCUGCACUCAUUUCCUACGAGAACGCACAAUCGCUAUACCUUCCCCCGACGAUUACAGGAAACAGUAUAAACGAUAUUCGGAUGCUGGUAUUCAAUGGUUAGAAUGGGUAAUGUUCAGCGAAAAUAUAUUUAUCCAACAUGCUCUGAACACGGGCGAAAAGAAGCUGGGGCGGUAUUUUGUAGAUGGUUACUCCGUGGUAAACGAUGUGCCGACAGUUUAUGAAUUCCAGGGUUGUUUUUAUCACGGCUGUACGCAAUGCUUUUCUCCACAAGACGUUAAUCCUUUAACGGGUAAAACGUACGAAUGCAUGAACGAGGAGAGUGAGGAGAAACUGCGGCGCUUACAACAUACGCACGGGGUGAAAGUCGUAGCUAUAAGAGAGCAUACGUGGGUCGAGAUGAAACAGACCCAUCAAGGUCUGCAGAGUUUUCUUAAAAGCUUUAAUCCCCCUCAGCCGCUCUCCCCCCGCGAUGCGCUGUACGGUGGCCGGACCUGCCCCGUAAGAUUGCGUUACACGACGGGUCCCUCUGAAAGCGUGAGGCGCCCUGCUGGUUGGAACGCCUUUACACAGACACUCUCGAUCCUGAAUAUCCCCUUGUCUAUCAUCCCCAACAACCAAGCGCGGCGGGACAUUGAAUCGCUUAAAGACGGUGGCGCGGACGUCUCGUCGGGUAAAAGUUACGACGCUGAUACCACCGCCUCGCCGCCUCAUCAGGCAACGCGUGCGAAAAUGGCCGAGACACCACCGCUAUCGCACAAAGCCCAGUGGGGAACAGUGUGUGAUGAUGACUGGGACUUAAAGGAUGCAGAGGUGGUGUGUAGACAGCUUGGAUGUGGUAAAGCAGUCAGCGCUCCUCAUAAUGCCCGCUUUGGUCAGGGAAGUGAACCAACCUGGCUGGAUGAUGUUCAGUGUACUGGAACUGAGAGCUACAUAGAUCAGUGCUCAUACAGAGGAUUUAUAAAUAAGAAUUGUGGACAAAAUGAAGAUGCUGGAGUCGUGUGCUCUAAUUUGCAAAGUCCCACACUGACUCGGAUCUCCCCAAACUCUGUGGUCUCACCUGGAGAAGUCCUUCAGUUCAGAUGUUCCACACCCAGCACAACAUGCAUCUCUGUAGACUUCAGUUUGUAUAAAACUAGGACAUUAAUAAAGAAGCAAACUGCAGAGACUACAACAACAUUUACUCUGACUGUAGAUGAAUCACAUCAGGGCCAGUACACCUGUGACUACACAUACAGGGAAAGUAACUCUAUAUCAUCCAGGAGCAGCUCCAUUACCAUCACUGUGGUGAACUUGCAGCAACCCAACAUCUCCUUCAGUGCUGCUGAUGGGUGGUUUUCUUUGGGAUCUCAUGGACCAGAAAUAAUGAGGGAAUAUAACUUUUUCAUCAUCUGUUCCACUGACCCUCAGUAUCCAGGAGGUUCCUUCAACUUGGAGCUCAGUGGAUCAAACAUCACCAGGACUCAGUCAGCUGUUAACCACUCAGCUAUCUUUUUUUUUCCUGAGGCAGAUUUUGUCCAUCAGGGAAACUACAGCUGUACUUAUGAAGUUAACGUGUCUUCACGCUCCUUUACCUCCCCUCCCACUGACCCCCUGUUCAUCACUGUAAUAGAUGGCGCUAACAUACGACUCGUUGGUGGCAGAAACUCCUGCUCUGGUAGAGUGGAAGUCUAUUAUAAUAACACGUGGGGAACAGUGUGUGAUAAUUACUGGGACAUGAGUGAUGCACAGGUGGUGUGUAGACAGCUUGGAUAUGGUAAUGCUAUCAGUGCUGAUCGAAGUGCUGUCUUUGGUCAGGGAAGUGGCCCAAUAUGGAUGGAUAAUGUUCGCUGUUUUGGAAGAGAAAGCAGCAUCACACAGUGCACUCAUAGUGGAUUUGGAACACACAACUGUAACCAUGGUAAAGAUGCUGGUGUUACUUGCUCAGGACUAAAUCAGAUCAGGCUGGUGAAUGGUUCGAGAAAUUGUUGUGGUCGAGUGGAGAUCCAGCACAAUAGCCAGUGGGGAACAGUGUGUGAUCAUUCCUGGGACUUAAAGGAUGCAGAGGUGGUGUGUAGACAGCUUGGAUGUGGUAAAGCAGUCAGCGCUCCUCAUAAUGCUCACUUUGGUCAGGGAAGUGAACCAACCUGGCUGGAUGAUGUUCAGUGUACUGGAACUGAGAGCUACAUAGAUCAGUGCUCACACAGAGGAUUUGGAAUAGAGGACUGUGGACAUGGUGAAGAUUCUGGGGUCGUGUGCUCAAAUUUGCAGAGUCCUACACUGACUCGGAUCUCCCUAAACUCUGUGGUCUCACCUGGAGACGUUCUUCAGUUCAGAUGUUUCACACCCAGCCCAACAUGUAUCUCUGUAGACUUCAGUUUGUAUAAAAAUGGGACAUUAAUAAAGAAGCAAACUGCAGAGACUACAACAACAUUUACUCUGACUGUAGAUGAAUCGCAUCAGGGCCAGUACACCUGUGACUACACAUACAGGGAAAGUAACUCUACAUCAUCCAGGAGCAGAUUCAUUACCAUCACUGUGGUAAAUUUGCAGCAACCAAGUAUCUCCUUCAGUAAUGCUGAUGGACCAGAAGUAACAAGAGGCUACAGCUUCUCCAUCAUCUGCUCCACUGAAACUCAGUAUCCAGGAGGUUUCUUCAACUUGGAGCUCAGUGGAUCCAAUCUCAUCAAGACUCAGUCAACUAUUAAAAAUGCAGCUGUCUUCCUUUUUCCUAAGGCAGAUUUUGUCCAUCAGGGAAACUACAGCUGUACUUAUAAAGUCAAGAUAUUUUUUCACAUCUUUACCUCCAUUGCCAGUGAACCCCUGUUCAUCACUGUGAAAGCAUCUCAGCACCUGGCUCCCUACAUUGGUGUUGGAGUGACAGUAGGACUGCUUCUCAUCUUAGUUCCAGUCAUUAUGUACUUUGUGAAGACACAAAAAAGACAGACAUUUUGUGUCAAUAACAAGAACACACAAUGUGCCAGAAACACUGAGAUGGAUGACAAAGCUGAUCAUGAAAAAGAAACCAUUUUGGACCAAACAGAGGAUUCGGCCGACUUUCUACAUUGACCACAUUCACCUUGAUGUUGAUGAACAAAAGCAUGACAUGGGCAAUGAUGAAGAGGAUAUAAGUGUACUGUAGAGAGCUAAAGAAUUGAAACUGGUGGUGGUGGUAAUGUUAUGGCUUACUGAAGUUUAUGAAAAGUCUUACUGAUUUUAUCCAAAUUUAUCUUACAUCUAAAUUAACAUAAUAACAAUUGUAAAAAAAAAAAAAAAAAAAGAA